UCAUUCUAUCUUUUUCUCUUCUUUUUCUUCGGUCACUUGUGUGUGACAUUUAUAGGUUAUAAAUAAAGUUUAUGAAAUUAUGAAGUUUCGAACUAAACAGAUUUGAACAGAUUAUUAAAGACUCCCAACUCCCAGUCUUUAAAUUAUUUUUGAUUACAAAAAUAAGGUUCUAUCUAUGACAAAAAAGAAGAAUAUAACUAUAACAACAUUAACCUAAUUUAUAUAAAGCAUUUACCAAAUACACUAGUAAUAAAUUAUGUUUUAAACAGUGAUUAAUUAAAAUGGCUGCAGUUUUAAAAAAGAGAGCUCUGGCUGAAUACAGCCAAACAAUCCAAGAGCCUACUUCUGGUAUUCCUACUAAAAGACUUCGUUUGGUAAAAAAACAAAUAUCAACAUCUGGAAAGAACUUCUUGACUUUAGUAAACCACUUAGAAGAAUGCAAAACAAGCAAUGAGGUUUUAAACUUGCUUCUCCAAAUAUCUGAUACAGAUCUGGACGCUAGUGAUAUAAGUGAGGCAGUUAAGAAACUUGGAGAUCAUUUUAAAAACGAGAAGGAAUCAUCUGUAAGAGUGAAAAUUCUUUCUUUGUUGUAUGAAAUUGGUGUAGAAAAUAAUUCUGAAGUUGUGGCUGUAAUAGACGAAACUAUAUUGCUGUUAAAAAAUGACAAUUCCCAUAAGGUCAUCGCACAAGGAAUGAAUACAAUUUUAAAGUUAGGCAAAUUGGUAGCUGACGUUGCUACUGCAUUUCAUGUGAAGCUAGUAGAAGUUGCUAAAUUGUAUUUGAAAGACACUAGUCAUGCUGUGAAGUGUAAGUGCUUGGAGAUAAUUGGUGUCCAUUCUCCGUUAACUACAGAUGAAAAUACUGAAACGUUAGUACAUCUCAUAAGAUCUUAUUUUAAUCAUGACGAUGCACGGGUUAGAUGUCAAGCUUUCUCAACGAUUGUAUGUCUACAUGAAAGAAACUUCAAGAUUAAUCCAAAUAUUUAUAUAGAUGUCAGUAAUGCCCUUAAAGAUGACUAUGAAAUCGUUAGACAUGUUGUUUUAAAGCUUAUCUGGUUGUUAGGUAAUACAUAUCCUGAAAAUGAAAUAUUUGUACCUGGAAGUGAACAUGAGAUCAGAUUGAUAGAUGAUGCUUUUGGUAAAAUAUGCAAUGGGGUUACUGACCUUUCCAUGAAUGUAAGGACACUAGCUGCUCAAUUGUUAGGUUCUAUGAAGCUAGUCAGUCCAAAGUUCCUGUGCCAAACUUUAGACAAAAAGUUAAUGUCCAACAUGAGAAGAAAACGAACAGCUCAUGAGCUAGCCUGGGAGAAUGUAACCAGUGGAGAAUGGGCAAGUGGAAAGAAAUGGGCUGAUGAUGCUCCAAAAGAAGUUCUAGAUGCAGACAGUAUAAGUCUUAUGAGCAGUGGAGCUUGUGGUGCAUUUGUGCAUGGUUUAGAAGAUGAGUUUUUGGAAGUGAGAUCAACAUCUGUUGAAUCACUUUGUCAGCUGUCAAUAAGUAAUCCACAUUUUGCCAAUAUGGCACUAGAUUUUUUAGUAGAUAUGUUCAAUGAUGAAAUUGAGGAUGUAAGACUUAAAGCUAUUGAUAGUCUAAGGUUAAUAUCAGAGCAUAUCAUUUUAAGAGAUGAUCAAUUAGAAACUAUAUUGGGAGCUUUGGAAGAUUUUUCUCAAGAGGUUAGGGAAGGUCUGCAUAGAAUGUUGGCUUCUUGUAAGAUGUCUACAUCUGCAGGAUUGAAGAUGUGCGUUGAAAAGCUGUUAGAUAAUUUAAAAAAGUACCCUCAAGACAAGAGAUCAACUUUUCAUUGUUUGCAAAAAGUAGGUUCUAGGCAUCCAGAGCUAGUACUACCUCUAGUACCACAGUUUUUAAGUAUACAUCCAUUUUUUGAUACUGCUGAACCUGAUGUAGAUAAUGCUCAGUAUAUUUGCCUUCUUAUAUUGAUUCUCAAUGCUGCACAACAUUCUCUUACUAUAGUGCAACUAUUGGAACCACACACAUUGAGACACUAUCUUUAUUUAAGAGAUACCAUGACUCAAUAUGUUCCAAUAUUAAGCUUGCCAGACUCAAAUUUACAUUCUAUCCCUAGACCGAUGUCUGUUCCAGAAAGUUUAAAUUUUUUAAACAAUGUUAUUAAUAAUUUGGAUAUAGCAGAGAGUAAUGUAAGGGUACAGGCUUCAUUAUUACAAACAGCUAAGGAACACUUACACAGACUUAGCGAAAUGGAUGCAACUGUUGCUGGAACAGCACAGUUUACAGCCUUGUAUAUUUCUGCCCAGCUAGAGAUUUUUCAGGUUCUGGAAAAAGGAUUUUGGGCAAAUCCUAGCAUUCUAGCUACACAGCAAUCCCACAAUCUUAAAACCAGCAUACAGAACUUACUCCAGUUAUGUCUGAAACUUCAAUUCUUCUUUGUAGGACUCAGUUCAGUAGAGCAAUGUGCUGUAAAACAGCUAAGACUACAAGCUUUAGCUUUAAACCUAGUAUAUAUAGUUAAAGGUAGCAACGCUUCAGCAUUAGCUCCUUGUCACCAUUUCCUUACUGUAGUAGAGGAUAUGCAGAGAGAUUUGACUGUUGCUGGUCUUCAACCAGACAAUUUUACAGCUUUUGUAUUUUCUGAAUUGUCUCAACUAGAAGAACCUAAACCUGGAGCUGUUUCUAGAGUGCUUAUACCUAUUUUGUCAGAAACCAAGAUGGGAAAGAUACCUUCACCAAAUAUUAAUAUUAGAAUGAGUUCUGCUAUUAUUUUAGAGCCCACAAAUCGAAGUGAUACAUCAUUAAAGUUUACUGCAGGUUUGAUUAUGUCUGUACCAUUUGAGGCGGAACUUAAACACUUGAUAGACCCAACCAGAGUGCGGUUGAAGGUGAAAUAUCCAGAUCAAAGAACACAGAUAAUCCUUCCUCGUCCCGCACAUUUGAAGCCACUUUAUUAUGAUGCUACAGAAAGAGAUAACGAGAUUGGUCACAAUAUUAGACUUCUUACUUCAGUAUUGAUUUCACAUCAUGUGUGGUCUGAAGCUUGCGAUGUGGAAAUUAAUGUAGCUUUAGCCAUUCCAGAAGCUGACAUCGGCAAGAAGAAAACCAUCGCCGACUCUACGCCCACUUUGUUGGAUCUGUGCAAGCCUAUUAAAGUUAGUGUCGCUCCUAAACCAAUCAAAAAAACUUUAUAAUUUACUUAAAUAUGUUUAGUAUAGUAGUUAUUUUGUAAAUAAAAUUUCAUAUACUUUUA